GCAAAGCUCGCCUCCUCUUGGCCUCGGCGGCCCCGGGCUCCGGAGGCGGCCCCCGCGCCCCUUGCUGCCUGGGCUGCAGGUCGGGAGCGCGCGUCCCCGCCGCACCGCAGCGCCAGGAGCGACUCGCCGAGGCCCCGGCCGCCGGAGGUGGUGGAGGCGGUGGCGACGCUCACGCACCUCGGAGGAGCGGUGCCCUCCGGCCGGGGAGCGCCAGCCGGGUGAAGAUGUCUGCCCAGAGAUUAAUCUCUAACAGAACGUCCCAGCAAUCUGCACCUAAUUCUGAUUACACCUGGGAAUAUGAAUAUUACGAGAUUGGACCAGUUUCCUUUGAAGGACUGAAGGCUAAUAAAUAUUCCAUUGUGAUUGGAUUUUGGGUUGGUCUUGCCGUCUUCGUGAUUUUCAUGUUUUUUGUGCUGACUUUGCUGACAAAGACAGGAGCGCCACACCAAGACAAUGCGGAAUCUUCAGAGAAGAGAUGCAGAAUGAAUAGCUUUGUGUCAGACUUUGGAAGACCACUGGAGCCAGAUAAGGUGUUUUCUCGACAGGGCAAUGAGGAAUCCAGGUCUCUCUUUCAUUGCUACAUCAAUGAAGUGGGACACUUGGAUAGGGCUAAAGCUUGUCAGCAGACCACAGCCCUUGACAGCAGUGUUCGACUCCAGGAAGCCAUUAGAAGCAAUGGGCGGCCAGAGGAGGAGCUGAACAGGCUUAUGAAGUUUGACAUCCCCAACUUUGUGAACACAGACCAGAACUCCUCCUUUGGGGAGGAUGAUCUUCUGAUUUCGGAACCACCUACUGUUCUAGAAAAUAAGCCAGUUUCCCAGACCUCACACAAAGACCUGGAUUGAGGAACUACUCUGUAAAGUGUCUUCUUGAAGGUGUUGGGUCUGUUUUGUAAACCAAGAAAUCUCCAUUCACUAAAAUUGUUUGUAUGGGUGGAUGGGAGGGUUAUGAGAGACAGACAGAGACAGAGACAGAAAGAAAGAGAGGAGAGCCCCCUCAGAAAAGAGCUGAAUAAUCGGAGUUUCUAUGCCAUUCAACACAAGAAGUUCAGGUUUCUUGGGGAAUAAAGUAUUUACACAGUCUCAUCCUCCUUGUUGUUGAAGAAUUUGGCCACAUACUCGGUGUCAGUGUUCUUGAGUGGGGAUUAGCAUACUAUGUUCCAGUCUGGUCCUGCCACUACCAUGCUCUACCUUUAGCAAGUUGCUUUGCUUUUCUGGGCUGCCACAUGGUUAACUGUAACGUGAGGAGUCUGGAGUACAUGAUUCAUUUCAGCUCUAAUUUGUGAAUUUGAGACUUUGAAUCCAGAAGAGGCUGGGAUGUACAUAAAGCAGUAUAAACUAGGGCACUGCCUCCUAUCUCUUGUAGGAUCCCCCAUGUCUGUACCUUCCACUCAACCCUUAACUGAGCCCAGCUUUUGUCAGGGGGCCAAACAACUAUGGGGUUGUCAGAAGACUCAUCUCACAGUCACUGUGGCCAACAUUUCUGUUGGUUGUACUGAGAUAGCUCUUCUGAGAACUUCAAGCCACUCACACUCAAACCUAGAGACAGCCUUGGCCCCUGCCCCCCCAGGAUGAGAACCAAUCUGUGGUACGUUGCAUGACAUUCUUGUCCCCAGAAAUAUAGGGAAAGUUGUCAGCUGAGUGAGGGCAGGUGCAUUUUGUGUCUCUGUGUUGGUGUAUGUAUGUCUGGUCACAUUUCUGUGUUGUUGGCUACUGGACAAGAAAAGUGCUAUUUGCCAUGCUAUUUACUUGGCAGAUGUGUAGGUGAUGGUCAUGUGGCUUCUGUGUGGGCUUUGAGCUGAGGUGGUGAAUGGGUCGUGAAUUCCCCACCAACAGAUAUGCAGGGUGGACUGGUGCAACACAGAGUUAAUUUCGUGAAGGAAUCCAGUCUGCACACUGGUAUUAGGAAAAACUUGGUUUUGCGUACACGGUUGCAUGCGCAGCCAGCUGCUAAUCUCUGGGUGGCAUUUUCAUUAUGAAUUUGUUCACCACCUGUCUUGCUUAAGC